AUGGCGGUUUUGAGGAGAGAAACGGGUGCAACACUUCCCGGGGUGAAAGGUUUGGCUAUCUCGCAGAAGCUGAAGAAUAUUGCAACAAGCAUCAAAGAAAAAUUCUCAUCCAACAAUCAAAAAGCAACCGACAAACUUUUCGCUCGUCUAAAGGUCGGGAACGUCCAGGAAAGUCUUUUUGUGAGUGCACCGUAUAAAAAGUGGACAGCGUCUGUGGCCAAAGCUUACAAGACGAAUCCUAAAGCUGGUCGUGCAGCUGUGUUUUCUACGCUGGCAGCUCGUUACGAUGAUGAAGCUCUGGCCAAACUUUUAGUUGAAGCAAAGCAAGUCCGUGCAACGAGAGAGCCUGCCAGUGAAUUUCAAGCCAUGCAGAUCGACAGCUGGGCUGCUAAGCAGAAAACGACGGAUGAUAUAUACAGUGCUUUGAAGCUGGAAGUGAACGAGAAGGAUCUUCUGAAGAAUCCAUUGUUGGACACGUGGAUCUCCUACAUUCCAAAAGCGGCAAGUGAAAAUCCGUACAAUUUGGUGUUGCGCAAGCUUAUGAACCACUAUGAUGACCAAGGACUGGCACAAAUGCUAAUUGCAGCUAAGGAAGAUAGCCGUGUGGCAAGCAUUGCAACAAAGGUGGAGGAGUCGUUACUAAAACGGUGGCAGAGUGAUGGAAAGACGGCAGACGAUGUCUUCAGGCUGCUACGGCUUAACGACGACAAAAGUGACUAUAUUAUGAAGAACCCAGUGCUGAGUACAUGGAUCAGUUACGUCGACCAGCUUCACGAGAAAAACCCGUAUGAUGAACUGGUGCUCAUGUUGACUAAAAGUUAUGGUGAAGGUGGGCUUGCCGACAUACUUGUUGCAACAAGAACAGAUUUCACUACUCGAAGCAUGGCUAUUGACUUCGAGAAUGCACUGAUAAAAAAAUGGUCGAUGGAAGCAAAAACGAUAGAUGAUGCAUUUAACCUCUUAAGGCUUCGCAGUGACAAUGUGGAAGAAACGCUGAGGAAUCCAGCUCUGAUCACGUGGAUUUCGUACGUAAAAAAGAGUAACAAAGACCCGUACGAAUUGCUCUUUCGACAACUGGAUUUGCGGGCAGGCGACGCACAUCUAGCGAAGAUGCUUGCCUUAGGAGCGAAAAGCAACAAAUUCGUGAUUGAAGUUUCUGAACUGCAAGCGCUGCAAUACAGCAAGUGGCUCAGCAAGAAAUUAUCAGCAGAUUACAUGUUCAACCUUCUCCAACUAAAGAAGAACGGCGAUAAACUCUUUGACAGUCCCGUGCUUAGUACAUGGAGCUCCUACGUGGCGAAAAAGAAUCCGGGGAGGGAAGAUGAGACGAUGUUUUCGGUGUUACAGAAGCACUACAAAAACGACAUUCUUGCGAAAAUGUUUUCUGAAGCAAAGGAGAAGCCAACUAUGAAAAUAAUUGCUUCAAGAUUGGAGGGAGAACUGUGGCAGAGCGAAGGACAAACAGCAGGCAAACUUUUCACAACUUUGAAACUGGAUGAGACUGGAGAGGGUCUUUUUGAAGCCCCGAUGUUUGCUAGUUGGGCUGCGUAUGUCAAAAGACUGAGUCAGUACGAGAAGAACCCAAACGAGUUCGUAAUUUUCUCUGAGCUAGAGAAACGCUACGAUUAUGUGGAUCUCGCACGAAUGCUUUAUAAUGCUGAACGGCAAGCUGAUAACACGAGUGGGGCGGGGAAAGAUACGGUAAAACUACUUAGUGCCUUACGGAAGCAGCAGUACAAGCAAUGGAUGACCGAGAAAGGAUUGGAUCCAGAAAGGCUCAGCCUUAUAAUAACUCGUCGUCAAGACUCGAGGAACAACGGCGUCCUUCUCGGCUUCUAUGAUUUUUACCGGGCUAAUGGCGGGCCAAAGUUCGUCUAACGGGGUUUACGCUUUAGUAACUAGCAGCACAUGUGUGAAGGCAGUGAUACCUUUGAGGUUCCGAUGUCUGGUACUUGAGGGUCCUACUUAAUCAGGUAGAACAAAUAAUGGUACUUACAGAUAUGAGGUAAC